AUGGCCGACCACCUGCACGAGCAGCUCACAAACCUCGCCUGGACCCUCAAGUCCCAGCUCUUCACCGCCGCCGACAUGCUCGACCGCCAAGCCGACCUCGCCGCCACGCUCAUCCGCGAGACGCUCUCCACAACCACCUGGCUCCCCGAGGCCGCGCGCCCCCCGCCGCCGCCGCCGCCCCCCACUGGCACGACUCGUCCCCCGAGCGGGUCUGGGGCGGUGGGCGAGGGACAACAACGGAAGCAGCGCCGGCGCGCGGGGAGACGGGCGCGCAAGGCGGCGGACGGCGGGAGGAAGGAGGUUGUGGUGCUGGCGGGGUCGCCGCAUGAUCCGGUGGCGAGGAGUCUGGCGCUGGACUUGGAGAGGAGGGGCUUCAUUGUGUUUGUAGCUGUUAGCACGGUGGAGGAUGAGCAGGUGGUGAUCAAUGAAGGCCGCGGCGAUCUCAGGCCGCUGAAUAUCGAUAUACUGGAUCCCGACUCCUCCCAAUCCGCCAUCGAAAAGCUCCAAACCUACCUCACCACACCCGUCCCCUCCUUCCCCGGCGCACACCCCCACCGCCUACACUUCGCGGGCCUGAUCCUCCUCCCGACCGCCUCCUACCCCACGGGCCCGCUCGAGACCCUCCCGCUCGAACACUGGUCCGACACGCUCAACCUCAAGCUCCUCUCCCCCAUCCUCACCGCCAAGCUCCUCCUCCGGCCCAUCCGCGAAACAGGCGCCCGCAUCAUCCUCUGCACCCCAAACAUCAUCCGCCCCCUCGCCCCGCCCUUCCACGCCCCCGAAUGCGCCGCCGUCGCCGCGCUGCACAGCAUCGCCGCCGCGCUGCGCCGCGAGCUCGCGCCCUCCGCCGUCGCCGUGUGUCUGAUGAAGCUCGGCACGUUCGACACCGCGGCGGCGACGCCGGGCGCGGGCGCGGGCAAGGGCGUGCAGCUGCUCAACGCGGCGCGCGCAGACAUACUCGGGUGGGCGCCGGGGGCGCGGGCGGCGUAUGCGAGGGGGUAUGCGGCGAUGCGGGCGGGGGGCACGGCGGUGAGGGGGAGCCCGCUGAGGGAGCUGCAUUUGGCGGUGGCGGAGGCGCUGACGUGUGCGGUGCCGAGGAAGGUGGUGUAUGUGGGCGAGGGCAGCGUGGUGUAUGAGGUGCUGGGCAGGUGGGCGCCGGAGUGGCUGGUGGGGUGGUGGUUGGGUGGUGGGGGCGGGGGCGGGGGCGGGAGGGAGGAGGGGGGCUGGUGGGGUGUGGGGAAUGGCAAUGGCAAUGGCAGUGGCAGUGGCAGCGCGGGGGGGAGUGCGAGUGCGAGUGAGGGGGAGUGGGAGAGGGUUUAG